AUGGCUCUCUACGGUGCCCCAGCGUGGGCUGACGCACUCAGUGAUAAGAACAUAUCACAGCUACGGCGACCGCAGAGAGUGAUGGCGCAGCGAGUGAUAAGAGGGUAUAGGACAAUAGGUUCUGAAGCAGCUUGCGCCCUAGCGGGAACCCUACCCUGGGAUCUGGAGGCGCAAAUCCUGGCUUCCCUAUUCGUAUGGCGUAAGGAGGCUCUAGCUCGCGAUCUCUGGCCAGCGCCCCAGGAGAUCAGAGCGCAGCGAGAGAUACUUCACCAGGCAGCAGUAGAGCGGUGGUCAGCCAGGCUUGAGCGCCCAAGCGCAGGAGUCCGCACCAUCGAAGCGAUACGGCCAGUGCUCAAAAAUGGUUAG